GACUCUCCUAGUUCUACAUGGUGGAAUCAGUCUCUCGUCUUUGUUGUAGAGAGAGGUAGUUAGUUACUGCUGUACUGUAUGUGCAGCAGGUGUGUGUGUGUGUUGAGGAAUUUGCUACUACUGUCGUGGAGUGUCGGAGGAGAGGGGUGGACAGCGACAGAGUUGUGUUGUUCUGUCUCAGUCUUGUAUCUCUGGAGAGUUACAUCUGCUGUCGAUAAUAUCUGAUCCGUGAUGAGUAAGAGAGUCCUUCCCAGGCCCCUGCUGUGAUGAACCCACCCCUCUGACACUACCUUCCAUCGCCCCUCCCUUGGACAACCCCACCCCCCCCUCCAGCCACGGACCCCCGAAGGAGACCCGUGGAGGAUGUUCUGGAGGAGUUAAACUACGCAUCAAGAACAGUGUCGACCUGGUCCUCUCUCCUCAUCUUCCUCCUGGUCUGGUACAGUGUUGACCUGGUCCUCUCUCCUCAUCUUCCUCCUGGUCUGGUACAGUGUUGACCUGCUUCUCUCACCUCAUCUUCCUCCUGGUCUGGUACAGUGUUGACCUGCUCCUCUCACCUCAUCUUCCUCCUGGUCUGGUACAGUGUUGACCUGGUCCUCUCUCCUCAUCUUCCUGCUGGUCUGGUACAGUGUUGACCUGCUCCUCUCAUCUCAUCUUCCUCCUGGUCUGGUACAGUGUUGACCUGCUCCUCUCAUCUCAUCUUCCUCCUGGUCUGGUACAGUGUUGACCUGCUCCUCUCACCUCAUCUUCCUCCUGGUCUGGUACAGUGUUGAGAUGCUACUCUUUCUCCCUCUCUCUUUCCUCCUCCAUCCUCUCCUCCAUCCUCUCCUCCAUCCUCUCCUCUACCAUCCAUCUAAUCCCUCUCCGAUUUCAGUUUCCUCUCAGAUCAAAAGAUCAUCCAGGAAGACUUUUCGUCCCCACAGUGCAGAUAAGGUUUCUGUUCCGAAACACACCCUGGCCUGCCCACAGAUCCCAGAGAACAGCCUUUCAAUGGGUGGCGAUGAUGAUGUUGAGAAAGAAACCAGCCCUAAGAUGUUUCUGUUUCUCUGAAAGUGUGUCUCAAAUGGGAUUCUAUGACCUAUAUAGUAGUUCACUACUUCCAGAGCUCUCUGAGCACAGGUCAAAGGUUGUGGACUUUUUAGGUAAUAGGGUUUCAUUUGGGCCUCAAGGCCCCCUCUGUCCUCUGCCUCUCUGACAGCCCCUCUUCUCUCUUUUUUUUCUCCACACCCCGGACGUGAAAUUCCCAAAGGUUGGGUUUCAUGGGAGUGUCGGCGGGAGAACCUGAGGGAUUAUGGGACAGCACGGACAGCCGUCCCUUUGUAGAAGACGCAGUGAGCCCGUCUCCAGACCACACUCGUGGCACUCCACCAAACUAGGCGAGGGCCAGCCAGACCCCAGCAUGGUGCAGAUAUCCCAGGGCACCAUAGACCCUCCCUGGCAUCACACAUUCAACUCCAGUGCGUCCACUACAGACCUGUCAGGUUACGACCCAGGUUACCUGAGAAAGAGUCCAGACCAGUACAGUUCUAGAGGAAGUAUGGAGAGCCUUGGGGAGCACCACGGCCACCCAGCCUACAGUUCUUCCUGCCACCAGCUGUCUGCCUCCAAGUCCUCCAACAGCAUGGACCACCUUCACAGCAAAAGGGACUCAGCUUACUCCUCCUUCUCUACCAGCUCUAGUAUCCCAGAGUACCUAGCGGCCACUCCGACCUUUAGUAAGGAGAGGUCAUACUCCAUGGAGACGGUUCCACAGAGGGGUGGGGUUAGCGGAGGAGGGGGAGGGGCCAUGGCGGAGGGCAUGCAGCAUGCUGACAUCCGAUACAUCCGUACGGUCUACGACCCCCAGCAGGGAGGUGCCCAAGAGCACGAGGUCAGCUCUGCUGCGUUGCUACGCAACCACGAGGCCGGCAGGGCGGGUUCUCAUAGUGGGGGCAAGGCCUCCUGUCACCGCGGCAGUAGUAGCUGUAAUAACAGCAGUGGCGGAAGCAACGGCGGUAAUAACCCCAAACGACACAGCGUUGGACCAAUCUGGGGUCAGUCUCAAUCCGCCAGCCGCAGUUCCUAUGAAAGCCUGAAGGGGGCGCCGGCUCCUCCCAUGCGGAGUGACAGCUACGCGGCGAUCAGGCACCACGAGAGGCCCAAUUCCUGGUCCAGCCUGGAUCAGACUCGCUCCCUCAGGGCUCUCCACAAGGGGUCCGCCUCCUCCUGGUACCACUCCUCUGGCUCCGUGGCCUCCGGCUCGGGGAAGGGCCCCUACGGGGCCGAGGGCCAGCUCCACACCGUCAUAGAGAAGAGUCCUGAGAGCAGCCCCACCAUCAAGCCCAAACAGGGCGUGGGUCAAGUCCCCCAGCCCCCUCAGCCCCAGAAUACAUCUGGCCGCCUCAUGUCGCCUCAGGGCAUCUACCCCGUGCCCCCUCCGGAGACCCACUAUGCACAGAUGCCCACCAGCAGCCCCAGCCCCAGCAGUGUGUACCCAGGCCUGGCCAGGGAGAGCAGUCUGAGCAGACAGAGAGAGCUCCAGGGGUUAGGGGUGGGGAUCAGUGUGGAUACAGGGAUCGAGGUAUCUGUAGAGAACGGAUACCAAAGCAACACUUUCAACUCUUAUGUCACCCGUUCCAACCAGCCUCAGCAUCAUGACUUAGCUCCGCCUCCAACCAAACAGCCAGCCCAGCCUGUUAACAGAGGGGGUGACAGAGGACAUGAGGAGACCCAAACCAAACUGGGUCUCUCCGGGUCUCAUUUGAAGGGGGAGGGACAAACGGUCUCCCGAAGGCAGAGCCAGCAGGGUCAUGGACAGGGUCAGGUGUCCAGACCCUCUUCAGCCCAGUCCAUAGGCCAGGAGAGGAGGGACCCAUACACUCCAGUCCAGCCACGGAGAGAGAGGCUACCCAGGUAUUCCCAGGGCUCAGAGAGUUACACUGAGAAGCAUCAGGUCAGACACACUGAACACAGCCAUCCAGACCCUCAUCCAGACCCUCAGCCUCCCACUACCAUGCCCACUAAGAUAUCCAAGGUCCACGUUCCUCAGCGGAUCAGGACUAGCAGUACCCCAGCCAAAGGGCCUGAUCAUCGGGUCAACAACCAGAGGUCCAGGUCCCCCAUCCGGCACUACAGCGACCCCAGUCCACCCCAUCACCAGAAGAACCAGAGGGGACCAGAGCACCCCCUGACCCGGCUAGAGAAUGCCCUAGCGGAGGUUCAGCGUUGUGCCAGUCCAGAGAGCUCCACUAGGAGUCGGAGCAGCCACCAGAGGAACCCGUCUGUCCUUGAGAAGGUAAACCGGUUUGAGCGCCACGAGCAGAGGAAGCAGAGGAGUCAAAGCAUCAAUGCCACCCACACCAACCUGGGACCCUCCUCCCGUCCAACUCAGCCCCAGCCUCAGCCCAAGCACCAUGAGAGGGCCAUGAGCUAUGGUACUGGAAUGGAUGACCUGCGUAACAUGCUGGAGAGAAGCAGCAGCCCCAGCAGCACCUGCAGAACACGGAGCUCCUCCUCUAGCGCACAUCAUGGGAAAACUACGGUGGCCCACAAGGGUCAUCAUUACGCAGAGCAGCAGAGGCCAGGAAGUUAUGACCAAGCCAAGCCCCAGACCUCCAGGGACCCCCACCACCAGCCUAACCCCAUGGACCCAAACCCUGGCUCGGCUCUACAGAGGAGCAGGAGCACCUUCCAACUGGGGAGCCAGGAGGAGAACAGCCAUGACAGGGACAGAGAGUUCCAUUGGAGGGAUGACCUGCAGGACCUACUGGGGACCAUCCAGGACACGUCUUUUAACCGGGCCUACAGGGACAGUAUCAAGGAUGCCCAGUCCAAGGUGCUCCGAUCCACCUCCUUCAGACGCAGGGACCUGGGAAUCAGCUCCAGCUCUAACCAGAGCUCCAACAACCCCCCUCCUGGGGUCAACAACAACGCCACUCCUGGUGUCAACAACAACGCCACUCCUGGUGUCAACAACAACCCCCCUCCUGUCCCUGCUAAGCACUUAUCCUUGGAGCGGAAGGCAGUGGCCCCCAAGACCGGUCCCAAAUCCUCCAUUGUCACCACCACUGUCCCAGCCUCCGCCCCAGCCACUCCCCUGUCCCCUCACACCCCCAAAGAGAGGCACACGAUCACCACCCCAGACCCAGUCCCAGCCCCAACCACCUCUCCCUCCCCUCACACCCCCAAAGAGAGGCACACGAUCACCACCCCAGACCCAGUCCCAGCCCCAACCACCUCUACCUCCCCUCACACCCCCAAAGAGAGGCACCUUGUCACCCCCAAGCCCGAGAGGUUCAGCCCCCCAGAGCUCCCCAGUGUCCCAGCCUUGGGCCCACCAGUCCCGGCCCGAAUCGGUGGGCGUAAGAGGCUCACCGUGGAGCAGAAGAAGAGAUCGUACUCUGAGCCAGAGAGCAUGCACGAGGUGGGGUUAGAGUCUGACCCGAGGAGGAGUGCCCAGCACCAGCAGAUCCUGUUCCAAGGCACAGAGACCAGCGUGGCAGACCGUAGGAGGAUGUUUGAGGUGGUAACCAGUCGCAGCCUGAGCUCCAGCUCCCAGGCUCCUCAGGCCCUCCAGGGCUCCCGGGCUGGUCUAGCCGUCUCCCGGCCGGAGCUCUGGCAGCUGCAGCAGGAUGCCCUGGCCGACUACAUGGAGAGGAAGAGAGGCUGGAGGACAGACAGGGACAGGGACAGGUCCGAGGAGAGAGGGCAUCGUCACCGGCCCCACAGUGCCUACCUCCAGCCCUUCACAGACACCCAGAGUGUCUCUUCCACCUCCACCACCAGCCUAGCCUCUCUCCAGGAUCUGUUUGGCCCAGAAAGGAGCCUGUCUGGUGAGGAAAGGCUCUGCUCCACCCUGCCUCCUGGUCUGCAGCUCCAGGACAGUAUCUACCCAGGCAGGGUGACCACACCACACAUCCAUGCCCAGGCCCCCACCUCAGUCUCCACCUCCCACCAACACCCUACUGGAUCCAACAGGCCUCUGGAGGGAGUCCCAGCCAAGGCCUACGAGGCUUUCCGGAGCCAGCGAGGCGAUGUGGCCUUUGAAAGAACGGCUCCAGCCCGCAGCUCUGGGAAGUCCGCCUCAGCGGAGGAUCUUCUAGAACACUCUGAGGAGAGGCCUGCACCACAGCACUUCAGAUCCCACUCCUCGCCCUCUGUAGAGAGGCUCAACCAGGACUUCAUGACAGGAGGAGAUCUGAGGAUGUUUCCGGACUUCUCUAAUGAACCCCAGCUGUUCACACACCAUGACAACAACAGGUCCAUGGACAAGCAGCGUUUAAAGCGCCCUGUCUCAGCCUCCCAGUCCCAGUAUGUACCCACCCACUACCUGCUGAAUCCGGGUCCUUCCCAAAGCAACACCCCUGUGAUGAGGAGAGAGAGGCAGAGGAACCCCGACCGCCAGCGGGCCCUUAGUGCCUCCGGCCUGGCUGCCUCUGUAGGUCUACCCUGCCCCUUCUCCUCCCCAGGCACCAGCCCCAACACUAGCCUUGACUGGCAGGUCAGCGAGAGGUUAAGCCAGGGAAACCUGGAUGCCAUCGCCUUCCCCUGCCUGUUGCAGGUUGACGCUCCCAGAGCCGUGUCCCCAGAGACCAGGUGGAGCCCCACAGCACAUCAGGGCCAGAACCAAGAUCUGCAGACCAGGACCAGACUGGGCUCAUCAGACACCAGCACCUCAGAGGAGACCCUGAAAGACUUCCCCAUGCCAAAGAACAUCCUACCCCUGGACAUACCUGAGCCCUCUCUAACUCCACCUCCUCCUAAAACCUCUCCCAGACCACACCCCCCGCUCUCCCUCCGCAUCUCAGAGUCCAACCUGCAGGAGACCCCGCCCUUACACAUAGCCUCGCCCACACAGGUAGUCCCUCCAAUAGUCUCCUUACAGGACUAUGACGAGGUGUUCCUCCAGGAGCUGGCCCCUCCCUCCCCUCCUCCUCCCCCGCUCCCCAUCAGGGAGACGGACAUCACAGAGGACUUCCCUCCUCCUCCUCCUCUCCUCCUCCUCGCCUCCUCCUCCUCACCCCCAGACAAAGAGGAGCAUCGUCCUGAGCUACAGCACUUCAACAGCUGUGAGUUCCUGGAGGCUGUGUGUCCAGAUAGAAGACCAUCUAUCUCCUCCCUUUCCCCUCAGACAGUCCACCUCUCUAUCCCCCAGCCUGAGACUCCGACCCACCAGACCCCCAUCGACCCCAGCAGCAGUAUCCCAGAUCCCCAGCAGGGGCCUAGCGGUAAGGAAAGCCUGGGGUUAGAGUACCAUCUCCUGGCCAGGAGGGAGAGGUCUGCUGGGGAGCUGAAGGUGGAAGCCCUGGUCAGACAGCUGGUGUCCCGGGGGGAUAAGACCCUGAGCCCGAUGCUGGACACCUGGCUCGGGGGCGGACGGACCAGCACCAUGGACCUGAUGGAAGAGAUCUUCCCCGCUGGGGGAGGGGGGUUGCCGUGGCAACGCCGUAGGAGCAGCACCUGGCUGGAGGACAGAAGUCAAGAUGGCGUCUGUUCUACAGGACCUAGUCUGCUGCAGAAAACAGAGGAGGGAAGAGGAAUAGAUCUGGAUGAGGAAGAAGCAGACCUCAAUCAGAAAAAGGUGGAGCUACUCCAGGCUCUGACCCUUAGCGUUGCCUCACUCCGAGAGGAGAGAGAGGUUCUGGGUGAGGAGCAUAGGAGGUUCCGGGCCCUAGGGGGCCACAUGGAGAGCCUGGUCCAGGAGCGCUGUAAGCCCAACGAGAAGGAGAAGUACAGGAUGUUCAUCGGGGACCUGGAUAAGAUAGUCAACUUGUUGAUGUCUCUGUGUGGCCGGCUGGCCCGGGUCCAUAACGCUCUCUACGACCUGGACAGAGAGGAGGAGACAGAGGACAGCGCAGAGGAGAGGGAGUCCUUACAGCAGAAGCGCAGGCAGCUGUGUAGUCAGCACGAGGAUGCCAGGGAGCUGAAGGAGAAUCUGGAUCGUCGGGAGCGUGUGGUUCUGGACAUCCUGGGUGGGUACCUGACCGGGCCGCAGCUAAGAGACUACCAGCAUUACGUCUGUAUGAGACCUGCCUUCCUGAUCCGACAGAGACACCUGGACGAGCUCAUCAAGCAGGGGGACGAGCAGCUCGACAGGCUGAUAGAGAGUAUCUCUCCUGGGGACCACCAGGCCUUGCUCUGCUGCUCCUCCAACCCAGGGUUAGGCCCCAGGGGUCCCAGUCCUAACCUUGGUCCUACCCAUACUGUCCGCUCCAUCACUGUAACAUCCCUGUGACUCCUGUAAAACCCCAAACAUAACAGUCCUGGUCACUACCACGAUACAGCAGCUGUGUCUCUGACGCAAUGGGUGAAGACUACUACAUACAACACAUAUGACUGACGAAUGACGCCGCAAAACAACAGAUGAAGAGGAGACGGAGACAACAUCUCUCUUCCCACGUAGAGAUGAACUGUAGAGAAAGGGACUUCAUGUGAAAGGAUGUCACCUGUCUAUUCCCUUGUUUUGCGUACAGACAGACAAACUAUGAGAAGUGACCGUGAUGGAUAUGUUGUUGUGCCUCUUAUCAUAUUUCUGCCUUCUUUGUUACUCCAGCUUCUUCACAUAUCUCUGUUGUGACUGCGCCACUCUUUGGUUGAUUCAAUACACGGUUCAAGUGCUUAGUGUAAUUCAUACGAACAGAUUGACAGUUUUGAGUGUAACGGUAGUGGAUGUACAACUGCCUGUCAAGACAUUAUAUUCACAGUAUAUAUACUGUGAAUAUAUAUAUAUAUAUAU